ACUUGCAGAGGCAGGAAGUCUUGGGUUCUCUUCCCGCGCAAAUGGGAGUUUCUCUGGAACUUGGAUUACGCAGAGAAUUCUAAUUUCUUUAAAACUUUAUUUUCAGGCAAUUUCCCCCGGAACCUUUUACCUCCAGAGGAUCAACGGAAUUGGAUCUGAAGGCUGGCCAUGACAUCUCAAGAUCAAAAUUCGGGUUUCCGUUCAGAUGAUAAUGGUCAAUCGAGCUUCCUUGGGAAGCUUCUGACUAUUGAUUCAAAGCUGGGGAACCAAGAUGUGGAGGGCUUAAAGUUUCUCUGCCGAGACUGCAUCUCCCACAGGCAGCUGGAGAAGUCCAGCUCGGCCUCAGACAUAUUUGAUCAUCUAUUGGAAGAGGAGCUGCUGAGUGAGGAAGAUCCCUUCUUCCUAGCGGAACUCCUCUACAUAAUCAAGCAGAAAUCGCUGCUGCGGUACCUCAACCAAAGCAAAGAGCAAGUGGAGAGUUUGCUGCCUACCCGAGGGAGGGUCUCUCUGUUCAGAAACCUGCUCUAUGAACUGUCAGAAAGCAUUGGCUCAGAGAACUUAAAGGACAUGAUCUUCCUUCUGAGGGAAUCGAUUCCCAAAAUCCAGAUGACCUCUCUAGGUUUCCUGGCAUAUCUGGAGAAACAAGGUCUAAUAGAUGAAGAUAAUCUGAGGUUACUGGAGGAUCUCUGCAGAAGAGUUGUACCUAACCUUAUGAGAAAGAUAGAAAAAUAUAAAAGAGAGAAAGCCUCCCAGGUAGUGACACCUCCAGUAGACAGAGAACCUGAGUCAUUGCAUCAAAGAAAGGAAGAACCAUUUUCCCGUUCAGACAUUGAAGAGUUGUUAGAAGCAUUACCAGCCUUACCGAAGGGUUCCUGGCAAGAUCAGCCUUCAAGGAGUAGUGGUAGUCUGAGAACUUCUUUUUCCCUGGUCUCCACGGAGAUGCUGGGAGCAUCUCCUGCCACUCUACCUUCUGAAACCAGCACAGAGAAGGCAAGUGUGUACAGGAUGGAUCGGAAACACAGAGGCCACUGUGUUGUUGUCAAUAACCACAAAUUUACCUCAAUGUCGGAUAGACCAGGGACUGAUAAAGAUGCUGAGCACUUGAGGCAUGUGUUUGAGUGGCUUGGGUUCAGUGUACGUGUAUAUGAUAAUGUGACCAAAGGACAUCUGGACAAUGUUCUGCAGGAAUAUAAGUGUCAUCCAGGCCAUUCUGAUGGAGACUGCUUUGUGUUCUGUGUUCUGACCCAUGGGAAAUUUGGAGCUGUCUACUCUUCAGAUGGGACCCUUGUUCCCAUUCAGGAGAUCAUGUCUCACUUCACAGCCCAGCAAUGCCCUGGUCUGGCUCAUAAGCCCAAACUCUUUUUUAUCCAGGCCUGUCAAGGUGAAGAGAUACAACCUCCUGUUUUCAUUGAAGCAGAUGCUGUAAAUCCUGAGCGUGUACCCCCUUCCCUUCAGGACAGUAUUCCCGACGAGGCGGAUUUCCUUCUUGGCCUGGCCACGGUCCCUGGCUACGUAUCCUUUCGGCAUGUGGAGAAAGGCAGCUGGUAUAUUCAGUCUCUGUGUAAUCAUCUGAAGAGCUUGGUCCCAAGAAAUGAAGAUAUCUUAUCCAUCCUCACUGCUGUCAACAAUGAUGUGAGUCAACAAGCAGACAGAGAAGGAACAAAGAAACAAAUGCCCCAGCCCGCUUUCACACUACGGAAAAAGCUAGUAUUCCCUGUGCCACAGGAAAAACUUUAAUAGUAGAGAGUUCUCAUUGACUCUUGGACUUGAAAGGAGGCUUUGGUCAUCUAUUCCAGUCUCCCACCCAUCACAGGAAUCAAUGAUAGAUGGUGAGCUGGCCUGCAUAUGUCAUUCUAAUUAUUGGAAAUACCCUAUUUUUUGAUGCGGCAAAUUCUUUUUUUUCCCCUUGUUCUUUUUGACAAGUCUGAAUGUUUCAACACUUUCUUUCUUGAAGCUUUGGGUUGUGGUCUUGGUUUUGUUUGUAUGCCCUGGGAAAAAGCAGUUGGCCUUGGUUUGUGCAUCCGUGAGGUAAAGGGUGGAACCACAAACAUUUUAAGAUUCCUUUGAGCUUUAAGAACCACUGUACUUAGCCUCAGUUGAGCUUCGAUUUCCUCUCUACCUGACCACCCCUUGUUACCAUUCUGCGUCCCCUCUGCGUGGCCUUGUUCUGGACAUUGGAUAAUGGUAGAGAUCACGCAUGGUUCCUUGACUUUCUCUGCUCUCCCCUUCCUAAGGCUCCUCUCCUGCACAUCUACCUAGGUGAAAAUUUGGUCUAUACGAUGCUCUUUUCCUGCUUUAGUGUAAGGAAGGUAUUCCUGCAGGAGCUGUUUCUCUUGGGUCGGGAACAGGUUCGGCUCUAGGAUGCUGGUAGUCUGAAUGAAGAGAGACACACUCAGCAACUCUGGGAGCAGAGACUUUACAGCCUGAGAUUAAAUCCCAUGUUUGUGAGACCCUUUCAGAAGCUGCUGAUAACUGAACACCCACGUCAAGCCAACUAAAGCAAAGAAGGGAAUUUAUUGUCGCAGUCGUCUGAAAACACACAGAUGGGUGGUGCUGACUUCCUAUGAGGCUUGAAGCAGGACUGAGUCUGCACUAUAGCAUGUCUCUCUUGGCCAGGGGUUCUCCCGACAGCUGUGCUGUGCUGACUACGGUCAGCAGCCCCUCUCUGUUCCUCUGGCCCAAAGGAUGGAGGAGGGAGGCAGCCUGAGAGUCUGAGGCUGUUCACAGGGGAUGCUGUUCUCUCCUUAGUCAGAGAGUUGUUUGGCUGUGCCUUGGGGGUGUGUGGUUCUGUCUGGAAGACUUGAUACUUCUUACAUUAAGGCUUUGAAUAUCUUUAUUUAUGUGAACUUUUUUUUUCAAUUUCAAGAGGAGUUUUUUUUUUUUUUUUCCAGCUCCUGCAGGAGGGAGGUUGAAAGUCCUCUCCUUAAGGCCUUUAUUUCCAGAUGAAGAAGUUGAGGCCCCAGGAGGCAAAGUGAUUUGCUACAGUCCCCCAGAUGGUUACUGUUUAUAGGAUUUUAUUUCCCACUUGAGUGAACUGGAAUAUCAUGGACAUAGUGGGGCGGGUAUGCAGAUGUUCAUGAAAGAUGUCAGGGAAGGAAGAAAAAUAACUCUCAGUGAUGCCUGAUUUUGCAGUUAUUCAUGUGAAAGUUGCAUUAAUUUAUGGUGUAUUUGCUAUGAGAACUACUCAUAAGAAGUUUUUUAUAAUAGUAAUUAUGUAGAUGGAGCUAGUCAUUAUGUGGAUUUGAAUGUAGCUUGACCAAGGAAAGGAGUCUAAUAGAUAUGUCAGAAUCAUCUUCCAAAACCAGUGUUUAUACAAGUCAAAGCUAACCGCUGGUGAUUACAGUCUUUGCCCAAUUGAAUAUACACAGCUUUUGGCCAUUUCAUAAAAGCCUUCUCUGGGAGUGAAGGAUGGUGUGAUUCAAAACAAAAAAGCAAAGAAUCUGGAGAGGGAAGCCGUAGGUUUCCGUUUGGCCUUGUGACUCCCUUGCUCUGAGACACUAAAUCAAGCUAGUUUUUCGAGCCUUAUCUAUGAAGUAGAGAAAAAUGACCUAUUAAAGAUAAGGAUUUAGGGGAAUGUAUAAUAUAUGUAUAUCAUAAUAAAUAUAUAUCUCUCCAUUUAACUCCAGUUGUUGCGAGGUACUGUAAGACCAUUAGGUGGCAGAUGCCUCUGGCGGUAACCUCAAUGGAAACAGCAGCGUUUGAGUUCCUUUGCGUCUAAUUCCAGCUGAGUUUUAGCCGCAGAUCAACCCUAGCAAUCCCCACCGGUGUCCUCUGAGUGAAGCGCUGGUUCUUCCCUCACUGAUCACAGUGUCCCCAGCAGUAACAGGCCAACUCUUGGCUCUGAGUCCAGUUGGACAAAACACCGCUAAGGAGCUCUCCUUCAGCAGCAGCCUCUGGGGUUCGAUGCUGAAGUGCCCCGGUCCUGUGGGUCUAGUCCAUAUUGCCCUUGUGCUGGAGCUUAGUGCUUAUGCAAGGUUAAAUUCUGGAAUCAGGAAACGAGCCCACGAGCUUUCUUUUUAGACUUCUCCAGCAAGCACUGGAGUCACUAGACAUUGAUGACUCUAAGUCAUGGACCUAUGCGGACACCAGGAACACACCCAUCCUUCAAUCAUUUCUCCUAAACGGAAUGUGUACACACUUGUCCCUUGUGUGUGUGUGUUGUGUGUGUGUGUGUAUGGGAAUUGAGAGCAAAACACUAGAGGUGAUUUGGUCCCAGGUAUUUGGCAGUGGCCAUCGUCAGCCCAGACAUUUAUGAAAGAAGUGUGCAGAUUGAGUGAGGUCUCUGUAUAUUUUGCGUAGUUGUGCUCAACCUACAAGAGCUAUGGUUAAUUUUUUCUUUCUUUUCUGCUUUUUUUUUCUUGAAAGUUUAGCUUCUACCAAAACAAUGAAGGAUGAGGAAACAGUUUAUAGAAUAUUAUGCAAAUGUUAGUUGUUUAAGAAUGAUACUACUGGUAUAACUGUUAUUAGAGAUGCUAGUCACCGGAGCAUCCUCCUGAUCUCUGCUGCAGGGCCUCGCCAUGCGCGUGGGCAGGUUUGAUAUUGCCAGGGUUCCCCGUAGCCAGUGCUCAGGUAAUGCAGACCUGCAUUAUGGUGAUACGGUGUGGUUACUGAUCCAUCAGAACAGCCAUUGACCAGUAUAACACUAUGGGGAAUGCCACUGAAGAGCAGCUCUUUAUCAGUGAUCCUGUCUCCACUGAGGUAGACCAAAUGAGAAGCUGACCUCAUUUGGUAGAUAACUUCUGUGCCAUAUUUGAAUCCUAAAAUCUUCCAGGACCGAUACUUUCUGAAUGAUUUAGUCAUGUUGUUCUUAACCUGGAAUUCUUGGGUCCUUGGAUGUUUAUGGAUUUAUUCUCAGGGUGUAUGAGUCUUCCACCUUCCGUUUGAAAUGCCUCAAUUUCUUUUUGGUGAUAAUCUUCUAUUAAUAGAGGUGGAUCCUGGCUCUUCUGCAUGAUCUCUUUGUAUUUGAGCGUUGACAAGCAACUUUUGUGUCCACAUCCUGGUGCCCACGGGAGUGAUGAACUUUAUAUUGAACUUUUUAAUGUAGCACGGAUUAGGGUUCAGGGCUAGAGGUCCUCAGACCUGUUGUCAGGUACCAGCAGUUAAUCUACCUGAAACCUGCUCCAGUCCAUCCUCUUAAGUCAUGACAGGCUCCUAGUCCAUCAUCCCUCAGCCCCUGCUGAACUCAGCGGAGGGAACUCACACUACACCCAAAAUCAUGGAUUUGGGAGCUUGGAAGGACAGUGGCUAGGGAACCCGUGGUCCAGCCUUCAGGGUCAAAUGGCUUACGCAAGUCUUACAGCUCUUAGUGCAGGAUUUGCAAUUGUGUGUAUCUCCGGCUUUGCCAAACAAUUGUCACUAUCUUCCCGUGAAGUACAUGUUGCUUGUGACAAGUUAUUUAACUUUGUUUCUGGUAGGGUCUGGCUCUCCUCUAAAGUCUGCAGUUUGCCUUUAAGGACCGGGUAAGAAUAUCGCAUGUGUGGUAAGGACACAUUUGUAUCUUUAAACAGCAGCCAAAUUCCUGAAAAUGGAACCCUUUUUAAAAAGUACUAGGAGAAAUUCCUUGUUUGAAGAAAGACUGAUUUGCCAGCAUAAACAACCACUUUGUAACAUAACUUUUGCAGAUAUGAAUUUUUAAGAGAAUUUUUCCUCUUUUAAAAUUUUUAAAUUAUAUGAAUUUUUACUUUUUAAAUCUAUUUUUGAAUAAGUAAUAUCUUUACGUUGCUCAAAGAGAAUACAAAAAGAUAUUCAAGAUUAGUCUUGCCUGCCUUUUUGUCCACCAGAUGCCCAGUCCUCCCACCUCUGAAUCCCAGAGGUGGUCUCGGGGUUUGUUAACGCAGAUGCAGACGCAACAAAUACAAAUACAUGUGUGUUUUAAAGGAGGCAUUUCUUGAAACAAAGGACAUGCACUGUGAAACUCAAAACCCUCAUUUGGUCUCAUUUUAAAUGAUUCUGUAAGAUGCCUGGAAAUACUUGUGCAGUUGGAAUAACUUGAUGAGUUUUGUGGACUGAGUACCUGUAAAUAGUAGUAACUGACCAAUAAAGGAUUUUUUUUUC